UUUCUGUGUUAUUUGACGUCGAGCACAAGAAACUGCUGUGAAGCCUUUUAAUUUACUCCCGUACAAACAAAACAUUGUGUGAAGAAGGAAGGAGUCAACAACUUUUACCGGCAGAGACGAGAGGAGCGCAGCAACUCGCAUCCAACAGCACAGACAUGGGACUCUGGUGGUCUUCGGCAGAGACGAGAGGAGCGCAGCAACUCCCCACCAACAGCACAGACAUGGGAAUCCAGCUUUCGGUGCGUGGAAUAACGGGAGAGAUGAAGAUCAUCAACCUGUGUGACACCAAGAAGCAGCUUAGCAGCAUGACAGGGCUGCAGCUGAAGAAGAAGAUAAUAGAGGAAUUUGGUUUACACUGGCACCCAUCAGAUCUCCACCUAAUCUGCGGUGACAAGGCUCUGGAAGAACCCACUCUGCUGUCAGAGUGUGGAAUCAGACACAUGUCAACAAUUUUUGUGGUUCUAAGACUACCUGGGGGAGGCCCACAUCCGGUGAGAGGAGAUUUAUUCAGGGUGAUAUCAGCUAAAUUGAGCCAUCAGGCAGAGACGAGAGGAGCGCAGCAACUCGACACCAACAGCACAGACAUGGGAAUCCAGCUCAAGGUGCGUUUAGGAACGGGAGAGAAGCAGAUCAUCAACCUGUGUGACACAGAGGAGCAGCUUAGGAGCAUCACAGUGCUGCAGCUGAAGGAGAAGAUAGCAGAGGAAUUUGGUUUACACUGGCACCCAUCAGAUUUCAGGCUAAUGUCUUGUGACGGGUCUGUGCAAGAACCCGCUCUGCUGUCAGAGUAUGGAAUCAGUCACAUGUCAGACAUUUGUGUGGUUCAAAUAUUACAGGGUGGGGGAGGGGGAAGACCGCCUCCAAGGAGAAGCUUAGUAGGAAUGGGUGACAAGGAUGGAAAAAACCGAAGUAUGGAAACUGUCAGGUUUUUUUAAUACUCCUGUGGGCAUAUCUGUUCCCUACUGGGACACAUUUUAACAUCACACCAGAGCUGCACAGGUGCCCAAACAGUUAGCUCAAAGACACUCUGCUGUGAUUUCAGUGUAAAAACAAACCUGAUCCUGAGUAUAGAAGAUUUUUCAGACUAUUGUCACAGUUACUGUGGAUUAAUAAUUGUAUUUAAAUAGUAUUGUUAUAAGUGUUCGGGAGUAACUAGUAACUAGCCUAACUUGUCACAUGUAAUUAAAAUACAAAAUAAAAGUAGUCUGUUUCAGUUACUGAGAAAUAAAUGUGACUGAAUGUUGCUGCUAAUAGAUCUUUAGUCUUUACAUGCUGGUUUGUACAAGAUGUUUGCUUAAACUUAUAUUUACAAUACACAAACUGGCUCAGUGCUAUGUGGAAUGGCAACACAUUACAAUGAGGAGGGCCCCAAACCAGCUCCAGGUUGUUUCCUCAGGAUUCCAGUCGGACAAACUAGAAGUACGGACCUGAGUAACUUAUCAGUAUUUGGAUGUUAGAGAAUCAGAAUAUUUUUUAAACAGUUGUUUGGGGAUGAUCUGAGUUGAACCAUGUUUUAUGACUUAUUUUUGUUUGUCUUUUACUCUUUAACUGUUGUUGUGGCAGAAAACUUUUUAUCAGCACACUCAAAUCAUAUGUAGUGACCCAUUUAAAAACAGAUUGUUUGUUAAUAAAUACUUUGCGGCCAUUGGACAACGCUGGGUAAAAACUCUGAAAUGUUUCCCCUAACUCUAAAAGUGUUUUUAAAGAUGCUUGUGAUGUGUCAUUGUGUGUAUAGGUUGUUUUAGUCAUAAAAUGUAAAGAAAUGUUGACAAAUGUUUCAUUUUUGUUGAUUUUUUUCUGUCUCUGUUGCAUAUUAAAGCUCUUGCCCAGUAAUAA